UUUGUGUGUUUACAGUGGUUCAUUUAUUGCAUUCUACCUUGAAAGCUGAAGGGGAUAACGCGCACUCCAGAAUUCGUCUGCACACUUGAUGCGUUGGCAGCGGGUAGUUUCCGUGCCGGACAGCAGUUUUGCCGAUGCGUUUGCUGUCAAACACUUGGAUUGCUGCGGCGAUCGUUCUAAGCUGCUGCUUCUACGAAUAUGUUAACACAGUUAUGUAGACUCUGUGUGACUAUUUGAGCCCGUUCUAACCAAUGCUCAGCGGCCGUACUGUCCUCGCACAGCCAUUCCUCGGAUUCGUCGCCAGCUAACAAACGUCCGGACGGACUUCGAGCUGCAGCGACAUGGGGAAUGCCGAAACCCACGAAGGAUCCCCGCCGCCAGACUUGCUCAACAGACAUCUCGACCUCAGUGUCAAAGUUGACGACCGCUCUUUCCAUAAGCACAUCAGCGGCGACCACAGCGAGAAGAGCCUUACGGAUCUUCCGUGGGGCCUCAGAGACGCUGUUUCGUUGUACGAGUCGCUCAACGUGUCGUUCAACGAACUUACAACGUUGCCUCCCGAGCUGCCGUUCAGACUGCCGCACCUACGCGUGUUGGACCUGAGCUACAACCGGCUCAAGUCGCUGCCGGAGAGCAUCGGGUUCCUCUUCCACCUCGAAGAGUUGCUAAUUCCGUUCAACCAGCUCGACUCCAUACCAGACACGGUAGUCUACUUAAAGGUACUGCAAAAGCUUGACCUUUCACACAACUCCAUCGCACGGCUCCCCGACAACCUGGGGAAAAUCGCGACCCUGGCCAAACUUAAUGUGAGUCACAACAAGCUCACGUCCCUGCCAAAGUCACUGGGGAAGCUGCCCAACCUUAAAACGAUUCUUGCCUCUGGGAAUGUUGACAUUACGAACCCACCGCCUGCAGUCUGUGAGAAAGGAUCGGACGCCGUCCUACAGCACCUGCGAAAGUCAGUCCGCAUGCAAGAGAAGCCAACGCUGCGAGCUGUCGAAUGCAACCAGUUCCCGAGAGUGCGUGGAAACCUAGUAGCAUCCUCAGUGCCGAACCUCCACUCAGCCCACGCACAGUACUUGCAGAUACAGACCGAUACUGUGAACACGGCAAGUCGUAUCAAGACUCCACUUCUCCCACCUAUUGGUGCCACGAAAUUGGAACCCAAUACACUUACGGACAGGAUAACAGGCCUGCUGUACGGAGCUGCCAUUGGCGACGCAAUUGGCAUUGCCACUGAGUUCCUGACUGUAGAUGAGUGCGCCUUCUACUAUGACCUACAGUGCCUCGAGUAUGCAUCUAUAAGGAGAGAUGAGCAUCGGGUGCGAUGGAAACAGGGGGACUGGACAUGCAAUGCUGAUCAAAUGUUUUUAGUGCUCGAUUCAUUGCUGCGAUGGGCUGGCGUUGUUGACGAACUCGACUUUGCGAAACGACUAGUAUCCUGGAAACGUUCUGGCGUGGCCGAGCUUGGAGAUGCGGAAGGUUUCCUCCUCUCUGACCUCACGAAACUGGUGCUGCAGGAGGAAGGCUACAUGAGCGCCCCGCACCAAGUAGCAUUGCAAGUCUUCCAACGAAGCCAGCCUGCCUGCAACAAUGGCCUUGGCAAACCACACGAAGCUGGAACUCCAGUUCUGGUUGACAAUGGCUCCCUAACAAGAGCUAUUGCACUAGGCAUACCAGUGUUCCACAACUUGUCAGAGGUUGCAUCAAACUCUGUGCGGAUCUGCCUAGCCACUCACCCAGAGGAACAGUGCAAGGCAGCAUCAGUGGCCAUUUCGACAACCCUUGCAACCAUACUACAGGGUAAGCACAACCUUUACAGCUGCACGGAUGUGGAGAGGCUACUUGACACAGUGUUCCAGCUAUCAGUGAGGCAGUUGACAAGCGAGGGCAACAUUACAAGCUUCAAGAAAUGUUUUGAAGCAAGCAGCUUUGAAGAGCUGCAGCUGAAUGAUCAGCAGUUGAGCAGUCACCCAUUCAAGUCCUUAUCUGCAAGCAUCAUGGCUCUCAAGCAGUGCAAUGAUUACAGGUCUACCAUCAGCCGCCUAGCCAUGCAAGGGGGCCACAGCAGCGUCAACUGCUGCCUAGCGGGUGCCUUCCUCGGCUGCCGGGACGGCUUUUCGGCCCUGCCCGAGUCCUGGGUGCAGGGGCUGCUGCCUAAACAGCGCGCAUGGCUCAAUGAGCGCGUCAACAGCCUGCUCGACAAGAUGGGCCUCCCCUGAGCACUAUCGGAGAGCUUCAUUGAAGCUGUUCUCACUUUUGUUGGGAGCCUCGCAACCAGAGUGCUAGUCUGUGGAACUGGUGGCGUGUUGUACCAGUACAGACUCCAAUGAACCCAUCUAAAGCAUGGGAGCAGUGGACUCGGAAGAGCAUCUGUGUUGUCUAGUGUAGGCUACUGGUUUAAGGUUAGUUCCUGUGUGCAUACGUGACCGUAUGGCCCGGCGCAUAGCUUCUUACAGUUACCUAUAGAGUGAAAAGUGCCGCUGUUGUGCUGUUGUAUGUAUGCAUGGCAGUGCCGGGAAAUGAGGGUUUCAGAGUGCUACCUUUUUCGUAGUGUCAGGACACAUUUGAAGACACGUUCGGCAACCAGCACUCCAUCUGUCAUGAUAGUUGGGUCUCUAUAGAACAGCGUCUAAAAUGAACUGUUUUUCUCUGUUAAGGAAGAAAAAUGUUGGUUAAAUCAAGAACUCAUACCAGUGUGCAGAGUUAUACAGAAUGGGAACAAUACCAAUGGUGCAUUGCUAAACUUAGAGAAAAGAUGAGGACCACGUUUACUGCGCAUCGACUUCAGUUGUGCAUUUUCAUUUUCUUCGUUUGCUUGGUACGGCAUACUCUACGCGGGCAAACAUUGAUGCAUGAGAUGUUAUGGGAGAACACCAAUGAAGAUUUCAGGCUAAGAAAUCUGCAUUUAUUUGCACAGCAAUGUCACACGUCUGGCCAAGCCAAGUCCAAGAUAAGCCGAACUAUCCACAUCCCAGCAUUCCCGUGGAGUCACACUGUCCUUUAUUAAGACACUCGCAUAAACGGUGGCACCAAAGUUUCCUUCAGGUAGUGCUAUAGGAAGCUCUGUGCCCUGGCCACGGGUAGCUCAUGCUUCUUAGGCUGCAGUCGGCUUCAUGACUCCCUUAUAUGACUGACACCACUCUGUGCUAGACGAGCAAUUGCAAAGUUCCGAGGUGAAAACAUGUCUUAUUGACUUGCGCUCACCGCAGCAGCCAUCUUUG